AUGAGUGAAAAAGUUAUCAAUAAAAUAAUUAAAAACCUAAAGUCUGCAAAUGAUAACGAUAAGCUUGCUGCACUUAUGUAUCUCACAAAGCUCUUUCCUAAACCAGAAGAUCUGAAAAAUUCAAAAAGAUCAACUGAAAUAUGGCAAGCUCUACGUUCAACACAGUUCCUUGAAAGAGCACUCAAGUUAGAAUCGACGCAGCCGUUGGUUUUUUCGAUCCUUUCUGUAUUUAAUGGAAUAGUUCCAAAAAAUGAAUUAAAACCAUUUCUUCCUUUAUUGAAAGAUGCAAUUUCUGCCGAAGACUCGUCAUCUGUUAUAGUUGAAAUAUGCCAGAAUCUUGAUGAUAUUGUUGACUUUAUAAAAUUAUAUCCUUUUAAUAAGGAAAAUCUUCCAAUAUUUGCUGCUGCAACAGAUGGACCAAAGAAAUGUUCAAUGGACUCUUCUGUAUAUAAUCUUAGAAAACAGAUAUUUGACGAAAUUGGAAAAGAUGAAGAUUUAAACAUCAGAAGAUAUCUAUUUCUGAUUAUUUCUCACAUGUGCCGAUUAUCCAAUGGAUUGUUUGCACUUUAUUCGGCUCCAAAUAAAAUGGAUUUGGCUCCAUUUUUAGGAUCAAUUAGAUUAGCUUUUAUUGAAAUCAGACUCCAACUUGAUGUACCAGUAAAUUAUCUGGAAAUAGAAAAAGAAGAGAAAGAAGAGAGGCUAAAAGAAGAAAAAGAAGUCAAAAAAGACAAAGAUGAAAUUGAUCUUGAUGAUGAGGAAGAAGAAUUUAAACUUCCUGAGCCAAUCCAUGGUAUGAAAUUCUCUCCAAAUAUAGGUCCUCUAAUUAACCCCGAUAUUACAGCAGCAGCUUCUCAAUUACUUGAAAAUGCAGUAUUUGUUUUACUAGAAAACGAAGAUAGACUCAGUGAUGAUGAAGUUAAUAGUUAUUUCGAAACACUCAACACUGUUAUUAUGGAUUCAAUGGAGAUCGUUAAAGCAGCUAAUGGAGAAAGAGACAAAGAUAGAAAAGAACUUCAAGUUUUGCUUUCAAUUAUUGGUAUGUGGCUACGAGAUGCAGAGUUUCUGUGCGCAAACAAAUCUCUUAUUAUUGCACUUCCAAAUCUUAUCCGUCUGUUGAAGUAUUUUCCAGCUCAAGCUUUGCAAUUCCUCCCUGCUUUCUCAAUUUGGAGCGAUGAAUAUCUCAGAAACUUAAAAGUUGCUCAAUUCUCUGAACUUGUUGAUGUAAUUAAUGAAGCUGGAGAUGAUGUAGAGAAGGAAACUGCAAAAAUGAUUAAUUCAAAGAUAAGGGGGCUUAAGUGA